AUGAGAGAAAAUUGGCCGUUUCUGAGUUGGCUGCGCCCUGGCCUAAUUAAUACCGAAGAAUAUAGCGUACGCGUUAGUUACCUGGAGCUGUAUAAUGAGGAACUAUAUGAUCUUCUUGCUCCUACAUCAGACGACCGAGAGAGGCUGAGAAUUUUUGAUGAUUCAUCUAGAAAGGGCGCUGUCGUUAUAUCGGGUGCUGAAGAACUUCCCGUAAGAGAUCGCUCCGAAGUUUAUCGUCUCCUGAGAAGAGGGGCUGAGAAAAGAACCACUGCCGCUACACUUAUGAAUAUGAACUCAAGUCGCUCACAUUCUAUCUUUACCGUUAGUGUCGUGAUCAGAGAGAAUACUGCUAGUGGCGAGGAGCUUGUCAAGCAAGGGAAACUGAAUCUAGUGGACCUCGCUGGAUCAGAACAUAUCGGAAGAUCAGGUGCGGAAGGGAAACGAGCCAAAGAAGCAGGCAAUAUCAAUCAAUCCCUGCUUACGCUAGGAAGAGUCAUAACAGCACUGACGACAUCAGCUCCGCACGUUCCGUACCGAGAAUCUAAACUGACGCGCCUAUUACAAGACAGCUUGGGUGGAGCUACGAUCACAUCUAUCAUUGCAACUCUUUCACCUGCUUCAACAAACUAUGAGGCACAUCAUUUUCAUCCCUUUGAGUGGAUCAUUUUACAAAUACUUCGUUUUUGA